CCCAUAUUUGGACGGGCGGCAUACAUAGCUAAAAACGAACUACAGUGCAACGCCAUAAUUCACUAAUACGUCAUAAAUCGUUGAAAGUACCCGCGUUAUAACGACCAAGAGAAAUAUAACAAAUCAAGCGGCCCUUAAUACGCAACUGUUAAGGCUGCAACUCUCUAAAACAACCUAAAUGAGCUCGUACUUUGUAAACUCGUUCUCGGGGCGAUACCCAAAUGGCCCCGACUAUCAACUCCUAAAUUAUGGAACCAGCGGCGGCGGCGCGAUGAACGGCGGGACGUACAGGGACUCUACCCCGGCCACGAUGCACCAUGCGACGGGCGGCUCUUACGGCUACGGCUACAAUGGCAUGGAUCUGACGGUGGGCUCCAGCCGAGGAGGAGGUGGAGGCGGCGGCGGAGGAGGAGGGGUGAGCGCCGGUAACGCCAGCGGGAGCAGCAGCAGCGGAGCCGGGGCGCACUUUGGCGGAGCGGGCGCGGUAGGAGGUUUUGGCUCUCCGGAAAGAGGCUACAGACAGGCGGCCAGCUCGUGCUCCCUAGCGGAUACUUCACUCCUUUCCCCGGGAAACAGCAGCAGUGGAGGAGGAGGGGACACCAAUAAGGGUUCUCCGUCCAAGCAGGAGGGCAGCGGCAGUGGCAGUCUCGUUUCGGCCAACCUGUCCUCUGGGGCCGGUGGUGUUGGAGGGGGCAAGUCGCAGCGCUUCACCGAGUUGGAUGACGGGUCCCCGGACGUGGAGGAGCUACAUGCGGGUCACACUUCCAGCAGGAGCGGGCACAAACAUGACGCAGGGCCGGCGGGGUCAGCACCAGCGGCGGGCAGCGAGGCGCACUCUCCCCAGAUAUUCCCCUGGAUGAGAAAACUGCACAUAAGCCAUGAUAUGACGGGACCGGACGGCAAGCGGGCGCGCACGGCCUACACGCGCUACCAGACGCUCGAGCUGGAGAAGGAGUUCCACUUCAACCGGUACCUGACGCGGAGACGGCGCAUAGAGAUAGCGCACGCCCUCUGUCUCACGGAGCGCCAAAUCAAGAUCUGGUUCCAAAACCGACGGAUGAAAUGGAAGAAGGACAACAAACUGAAAAGCAUGAGCCUAGCCACCGGCGCCAGUGCAUUCCAACCGUAAAAAAACGCAAAUAUAGAAACAGCCCUCAACACAGCAUCCGUCCAUUUCAUUUGGAGAGAGAAUUCUGGGCAGACUGAACAAAUAUAGGGAGGUUGAAAGGGAAACUUGAAGACACAUUCACAAAAAAUAUGAAGAAUAUGAACUUUUGCGCGCGGAGAUUCCAAAUGUUCCUUCAUGGACUGUAUACAGCAGCACUUUCGACGCCUGGCAUGUGUGUUGUCGUAUUUCAACUGUGGUACAAAAACGUAAAGUGUUGUCGUAUAUGUUCUUGUCGUUCUAGUUGUUCCAAAAAAAAAAGAAAAAAAAGAAAAAAAAAACAACUAAAAACUAAAACUACCUAUAACUUUCUACCUACCUACUUGUUGUUUAUGUAUGAUGUUUCGCCUUUGACAGCGCUUUUCCGCAUGUGAGCUCUUAUUAUGAAAUUGUUAUAAGUUAUUUAGCGCCAAUAUUGUGCGUAUAUGUUAUUCCCGUGUCUUGUUUGUCGUUUUUUUCUGUAUUGAUGUCAUUCAAAACUGCUGCUUUUUGAAGUGAAGUCAGCGUAACAGUUCCAUGUCCUCCAAGCCCAACCGUGUAUAUAUAGCAUCAAGUGCAAUUGCUAUAUUAUUGGUAUUGUAAGUAUUUUAUUUACAAAACGUUGUAAAUAGUAUGCGCUGUAUGGUCGUUUCUAUUGUGGCUAUUUGGAGCUGUGAUUGACAGCGGUUACGUGUGCGUGUGGCUUUUUAGAUACCCAUCUGUUUACGCGGAGCGAUAUUACGCGCAGGUCAUUACAUCUAGGGUUAGCCAUGUUGUGGUCAGCGCAAAUCUCCAGGAAAUGAAUGGAAGUCAGUGUCCCUCGAUGACAAACGUGUACGUGUGGUGUACAGGAGUGUGUAUGUGUGUACGUGUGCGUGUGGCUGUGCGUCAAAACAAAAUGGCUACCGGGCUCAAAGGUCUGUAAGCUCUCUGCCAAUAAGCUUUUUGUAUUUGUUUGUAUCUUGGAGUAUAAUAAAACUGUGCGACGACCAAAAGUUUUUCAGAUGUUGUGGUCUAAAUGCCAAACUGUACCCA